AUGAAGAAGAUUUUUGGCUUUGGGAGCAGGAAGGGCGUGUCGCCCUUGGCCGCGGCCUCCAGCCCCGGGCGGAGCCGGGGAGAGAGGCUGACGGGCGGGGGCAGAGGCCCCUCGCAGCCCGGGUACCACCUCCAGGACCGGGACCUGGGCAAGAUCCACAGAGCGGCCAGCGCGGGCAGCGCAGCCAAAGUGAAGCAGAUUCUGCUGCUCCGGAUAAAUGGCUUGAAUGAUAGAGACAAGAUGAACAGGACUGCUCUACAUUUGGCCUGUGCCAAUGGCCAUCCAGGAGUGGUGACUCUCCUGGUAGACAGAAAAUGCCUGCUGAACCUCUGUGAUAAUGAAAACAGGACAGCUCUGAUUAAGGCCGUACAAUGCCAGGAAGAGGAAUGUGCAACUAUUCUACUAGACCAUGGUGCUGAUCCAAACAUAAUGGACAUCCUUGGCAAUACUGCUCUCCACUAUGCUGUCCUUGGUCAAAAUAUAGCAAUAGUGGAAAAGCUACUUUCAUUCAAGGCAAAUAUUGAAGCGAGAAACAAGGAUGACCUCACACCACUUUCUCUUGCUCAAAGUGAAAAUAAAGAGCAUAUGGUGGAAUUUUUAGUAAAUAGAGGUGCAAGAAUACACACAAUUGAUCACAUGGAAAGUGAUCUCUGUGUUAUAUAUAUAAAACUCAUGCUUGCUGUAAAUGAUGAAUCUGGAAAUAUAGUCAGGCUUCUUUUUCAGCAAGGUACUGAUGUCUUUUCUCAAGAUAACUGCGGGUGGACUUCAGAAGAAUAUGCUUUUGUUGUAGUUUUAAUUUGUCACAAUCAACAAGUAAUGUCUGAAUAUAAAGAAGAAAGGAGAGCUAAAAAGUCUUCUGAAAGUAGCAAAAGUUUUGCGGAUGAGAGCUCUGAAGAAGACUCUUUAAGGAGCAAACAUGGCAUUGAUGAUUCAUGGCCUACAUCAGAGGAUGAAGACUUCGAUGUUGAUACCAAGAAUGUCAUGAAGCCAAGCUUAGCAAAGCUAAAGACUGCUAUUCAACAAUCCCAGAAAAACAUAGAAGCAAAAUAUGCCACUGUGAGAUCAGAAAAUAGGACCUCCUAUGAAGACAAUAAUUUUCAUAGUGAAAAUGAAGGUGUGGUUGAAACCUUUCCCAAAACAUCAGAAAAAAUCCAGGGCUUUUCUCAACCUGCCUUUUCAUCACUUGAACCUCUUCUAAAAGCUCCUCCUAUGUCUUCAGCAGUCAUUGGUUUUACAAAGGAAGACACAACAAAGCUGGCAAUUAAAAAAAAAGAAAAUGGUAUUGAUACUAUUGAAACUGCUCCAAAGAGCCAAACAAAUAAUGACAAUUUGACCUAUGUUUAUGGAGAACACAAAAAUAGUAGUAGUGAUAAAAUGUCAGCAUUAGGAUUAGAAGAAGACGAAGAUACAGAAUCACCUUGGGAUUCUGAGAGUCUUUCUACAAGUCUUCCACAGAAGUAUGUGGAUCACUUAUCUGAAGCUGCAGAUCAAAGAGGAAAAUAUAUACUAAAUGAACAAGUAGAAGAUGUGCUUUAUAUACCUUCUUGUAUGAGUGGAUCAAGAAGCUUUAAGAUGGCUAAAGUAGAGGAUACAAGAAAUAUAGGCAUACCAGUAGCCUGCAUUGAUUCUCCUGGAAAAUAUUCUCACUUGAAGCCUACCCUUGUAGUGACAGAUCCUGUUUCCAACAAAGGAGAAGGAAUGAAGGAUGUACAAGCAUUAAAAUCAGAGCUAGACUUAGAAAUGACAUCACAGGAAGAACAAAAAAGGCUUAAUGGAAGUGAAAAUAACCACCCACAGGUUGAAAAAGAACAAAAGAUGCACAGAAGUUGUGUAAUGGACAUUACAGAAAACUUAUAUAAUGCUGAUGCUGAUGACAAUGAUGGAUUAAUUCAACAAAGAAAGAGUGGAAAAACUGAUAACCAGCAAUUUCCUACUAUAGAGAAUGAAGAUACUGAUUGGUCAGCAAAGCAAACAUCUAGUGAAGAGGAAAUAUAUAGUGAAAAGAACAAGAUUAAAGAGAAAAUUGAUUCCGUGGAUGACCACAAUGACUUAUCUCAGUCAUCUGAAACAAUUUCAGAACAUUGCGAGUUGCCUUACUCCAAUUAUAAGAAUUCCAUGUUGCUAAUUGAACAACUUAGCAUGGAUUGUAAAGAUUCUAUUAGCUUAUUGAAAAUCCAGGAUGCAGUUCUUUCAUAUGAAAGAUUAAUAGAACUUAGAAAAAAUCACUGUGAAUUGCUUACUGGGAAAAUUAAAAAAAUGGAAAAGAGGAUUAGUGGACUACAGAAGGAGCUAUCAGAAACAAAAGAAAUGAAAUCACAAUUAGAGCAUCAAAAAGUGGAAUGGGAACAAGAACUCUGCAAUUUGAGAUUUACCUUAAAAGAAGAAAAAGAGAAGAGAAGAAAUUCUGAUUUGUUGUAUGACAAAAUUAGGGAGCAGUUAAGAAAUAAAGAAGAGCAAUAUAUUAAAGAAGUUGAAGUGAACCAACAACUUGAAACAACUCUUAGAACACUUGAGAUGGAAUUGAAAAUUGUAAGAAAGAAUUUAAAUCAGGUUUCCAAUAGUUAUGAAAAAGAAAAAACUUUGUUGCAUGAAAAUCACAUGUUUCAGGAUGAAAUUACCAAGCUAAGACUGGAAAUAGACACGGUAAAAAAUCAAAACCAGGAAAUGGAAAAGAAAUAUUUUGAGGACAUUGCAAUUGUCAAAGAAAAGAAUGACCAUCUUCAGAAGACAAUAAAACUGAAUGAGGAAACAUUAACAAAAACAAUAUUUCAACAUAAUGAACAGCUUGAUGUUCUGACAGCUGAGAAUAAAAUGCUAAACUCUAAACUGGAGAAUGAAAAACAAAACAGAGAAAGACUGGAAGCAGAAGUUGAAUCAUACCAGUCUAGACUGGCUACUGCUAUACAGGAUUAUGAGCACUGUCAGACAUCUAAAAGAGACCUACAAUUUGCUUUCCAGCGAGAAAGAGAUGAAUGGUUUUGUUUACGGGACAAAAUGAAUUUUGAUAUAUCUAACCUAAAAGAUAGCAAUGAAGUUCUUUCUCAACAACUUUCUAAAGCAGAAAGUAAAUUCAAUAGCCUAGAAAUUGAGCUUCAUCACACAAGAGAUGCUCUCAGAGAAAGAACAUUGGUUUUAGAAGGUGUACAAAGAGACCUAAGCCAAACACAGAGUCAAAAGAAGGAAAUUGAACACAUGUAUCAAAAGGAACAAGGUAAAGUGAAUAAAUAUGUUGGAAAGCAGGGAUCCUUAGAGGAGAGGUUAUCUCACCUACAGAGUGAAAAUAUGUUGCUUCGACAGCAACUGGAUGAUGCUCACAACAAAGCUGACAGUAAAGAAAAGACAGUCAUUAAUAUCCAAGAUCAGUUUCAGGAUAUCAUAAAAAUAUUUCAAGCUGAAAGUGAAAAGCAAGGUCUUCUGCUGAAUGAAAGAAAUAAGGAGUUAAUCAAUGAAUGUAACCAUUUAAAAGAAAGAAUGUGUCAGUAUGAAAAUGAUAAAGUGGAAAGAGAAGCAGUUGUGAGACAACUUCAACAAGAACUGGCUGAUACACUGAAAAAACAGUCUAUGUCAGAGGCUUCACUGGAGGUCACAUCACGUUAUCGUGUGAAUUUAGAAGAAGAGAAACAAGAGUUAAAGAAGGAACUAGAUCAAAGCAGAAGUCAGUUGCAAGAAGCACAAGAUCGAUGUACUGCGGCUGUAAGAUGUGCUGAGGAGACGCAAGAUCACAUGCAAAAGCUUGAAAUUGAAAAUGCCAAGUUAAAAGUUACAAUAAAAAAGCAAGAACACAAAAUUGAACAGCUUCAGACAAACGUGUCAGGAAACAAUUCGUCUCAGGAUGAAAAGGAACAGUUAAAGAAACAUAUUGAAUUAAAACAGUCUUUGGAAUAUAGCUUGGAUCAAGAAAUAAAGAAAAAUGAUCAAUUAGAAAAAGAGAUUACCAGAUUUAAGAAACUCUUAAAAAUUACAAAAAGGAAGUUAAAUGAAUAUGAAAAUGAAGAGCUUAGUUUCCCUGGAGAUUUAAAACCAAAUCAAAUUGAAAUGGAUAUUCAGAUUAAUACAUUAAAACAUAAGAAUGAUGAUCUUACAGCAAAACUGGAAAGUGCAUCUUCAAAGUGUAUACGUCUGGAUGAAAAAAAUAAAUUUCUUCAACAGGAGUUAUUAUCUAAGAAAGCAAUACAAAAGAAAUGUGAAAAGCUAGAGAAUGAAAAAAAGAAGUGGAAACAAGAAGUACUAAACCUCAAUAGACUUAUGGAAAUGAAUGUGGUAGAAUUUGGUGAAGUAGAACAGUAUAAACGGAAGAUUGAAGAAAGAGCAAGACAGGAUGUAGUAGAAAAAUUAAAAGAAGUCAAUUUAUUUUUACAGAUGCAAGCAGCAUCUCAAGAAAAUCUAGAGCAGUUAAGAGAGAAUCAUAAUACUUCAAUAAGAAGUCAGUUGGAACUCAGAAUUAAAGAUCUGGAAUAUGAACUCUUCAAAAUGAAAACUUCUCAAGAUUCUAAAGAAAUAGAUUUGGAAAAAUAUAAGCAACUGUACCUAGAAGAAUUAGAAGGUAGAAAAUCAUUGACAAAUCAACUAAACAAGACUAACGAGAGGCUAGCAGAGAUCAGCACCGAACUUCUCCUGCAGAAACAGCAGAACAGGUUUUUAGUCAGUGUUCCUAAUACAAGGCCAGUCCUGGAGACACCUGGUGUUGGAAACUUUAAUAAUAGUUUUGUACUCUAUGGACAUUCUACUCCUAGAGAAAGCGUGGUAAUUCCUACCUCAAGUCCACGGAUUUCAAACAGCAGCAUAGAGGCUUACUUGAUCAAGAUGCAGCAGGACUUUGAAAAAACUCUAACUAAAGAACUAAAAGAAGAUGCUGCUGAAUUUGAAUCUGAAUCCUAUAGAGCUUAUCCUGUAGGAUCAGUUGAUCAGUCAAAUUCAUAUCAAGACUUACUUUUGAAAACGUCACGAGAAUAUGUACAGAUUUUGAAGAAAAAUUAUAUGAUCUGA